AUGUCGCGCGAUGUGAACGUCGAGACGCCUCCUCAGGCACAAGGUGGUCCUAUCGACGACGAUGCCGCAGAGACCGCCUCGUCCUACACUUUUGACAUCACACAGCCUGUCCGCCGCAUGAACGUAAACCCAAGUCUUGACCACCAGCGGAUGCAGCGAUCCCAGAGACUGGGCGCCAGCACCAGGCCGCAUCCGUUGGCAAAUCUUGCCCAGAACGACUUGUUCGACCAACGGACGUUCUUCAUUGGACCCGACUGUGAUGCCCCAGCCUUGUCCAAUAUCGAGACGGUGGUCCUUGUCAAGAAGAAAGGCGGCAAGAUCAUCUACGAUAUCAUUUGCGAGAGCCACCAUCUAUAUAUCGCAAUUUGUCAUCUGCUCUUCAUCGAGAGAAACACCAUGCCUGUCUUCGUUCCGGCAGCUAGAGGCGCCAACCUUGGCACCCUGUCUGGCCCUUUUACCCCCGAAGACAAGGAAUGUCUUGCAAUUUUCUUGCAGAUAUUCCAAGUCGACAUCACCGACCCUAACGUUCAUGAUAUGCUGAUAUGCACGAGGCUCGAUUUUACCUUCAGCCGCUAUCUCAUUAGCACCCACAACAACUCUGUGCUACUCUGA